GGGAGGCGGCAGGCGGCGCUCAUGGCGGGCGGCGGGCCCGGGGAUCCCGGCCUGGGGGCGGCGGCGGCCGCGGCGCCCGAGACCCGCGAGCACCUCUUCAAGGUGCUGGUCAUCGGCGAGCUCGGCGUGGGCAAGACCAGCAUCAUCAAGCGCUACGUCCACCAGCUCUUCUCCCAGCACUACCGGGCCACCAUCGGGGUGGACUUCGCCCUCAAGGUCCUCAACUGGGACAACCGGACGCUGGUGCGCCUGCAGCUCUGGGACAUCGCGGGGCAGGAGCGGUUUGGCAACAUGACCCGAGUAUACUACAAAGAAGCUGUUGGUGCUUUUGUAGUCUUUGAUAUAUCGAGAGGUUCCACAUUUGAGGCCGUCUUAAAAUGGAAAAGUGAUCUGGAUAGUAAAGUCCAUCUUCCAAAUGGCAGCCCGAUUCCUGCUGUCCUCUUAGCUAAUAAAUGUGACCAAAAGAAAGAUGGUGGCCAGAAUCCUCCUCAGAUGGACCAGUUCUGCAAAGAACAUGGUUUCACUGGAUGGUUUGAAACCUCUGCAAAGGAUAACAUAAACAUAGAUGAAGCAGCCCGGUUCCUAGUGGAGAAUAUUCUUGCCAACCACCAAAGCUUUCCUAACGAAGAAAACGACGCGGGCAAAGUUAAACUGGAUCAGGAGACCCUGACCGCCGAGAGCAAGUCCCAGUGUUGCUGAUGUGCCUGCUGCUUCUGUGCGUGCAGGAUGCAGCCUAGCUGGGCUGGAGCGAGUCCUGAGAGGUGGCUAAGGUGGUGGCUGUGCUGUGCUGUGAAUCUUCCCAGGGCUGCACUUUAAAUAAAUGCUCCGGUUUUUCUAGGGGGGUAAAUCUUUUUCCCUGCACAGAACGACUGUGAGGACACCCUUGGGAGCCUGCGGCCACAUGGGGCAUGUAGAGAAGUAGCUGUGCCAGUGGCCCCACACCCUGUGGCAUGAACACUUAGGCUUCUGGGGCGGUUGCCAUGUAUUCAGGAUAAUGUUUUACAUCCUCUGUAACGUCUCUUUAAAUGACAGCCCCUCAGGAUUUGGUAAGACUUCCAAGUUGUGCCUUUUAACCAAAGCACUGGGGUGGUAAUAAAGCCUCACCUGCAGCCUCUCAGUCACGUUAUGGGUCUGUUUUUGUCUCCACAUUCCGUCCUCACUCUCCACGGAGGCUGUAGACUGUUAGACACAUGAGGCUUGAAGUUUUUGUAUUGCAGUUUUGUUUUCCUCCCUACUUCAAACUUUGGUACUUCAUGUAAAAUUGUUAUCCUUAAGUGUUAGAAUUUCACGGGCCCUCGACAGUGUGGCACGUCCUUGCUAAGGACUCAGGCAGCACUCACCGCAUUGGCCUUCUGGCUCUGGUUGCUGCCAGUUGGAAACAACAUAAAUGAACAGUCCUUCUCUAGUUCUUUCUUUUUUCCCUCAUCCUCCCAUGUGUUUGUUUUUGUACCCAAGAGCCUGGCUGAUAUUACCAUUGCAAUUCUCUCUUAACUGGAGCUAGUCUUUUGCAAAUCUGUAUUAGUAAUGGUUGCAGAGAGAAGUUACUUCAAAGCAUAUACAAUGAAAGCUGAGAUUCCGUAUUACGAAUUAUGAAGGAAAGUAGGUCAUGUGUGGUUUUCUGUAAGGUUUGGGACAUUUAAAGUAUAACACAUGAGAAACUUAAGGCAGCCUCAUGAUUUUUUGUAUUACCAUUUGACCCAGUUAAGGAAAAGAAUAAAUAUUUUGACUGAAACUUUGUGUUUUUUUUUUUUAAUGUGGUUCUAGAAAGGUAGAUGGGGUGUGCUUUUCUGCCUUAGAAAACUGUCUGUUUAUGUUGUCUCUUUUGUUUUUAAGGGACUUGCUAUCAUCUGAAAGGUUCGACUUCUUUCAAAGGAAUUUUAAAGGUGUUUGUGACAUAAUUCAGAGCUAAUGCAAAGUGAGGCAUUGACCAAAUUUUCUUAUACAUUAUAAUGAGCAUGGGUAGGAAAGAUCUAUGCAUUUAUUGAGAGCAACCUAGCAAGAAUUGCAUUUGCUCUGAUAGGUGUAUUCUGGGAAUAAAUAGUUAUCGUGGGCCAUACAAUGUGGCUUGCCCUUCUUGUUAAAUCUAGGCUUUGCUUAGGAAUCACAGAUGUGUUUAUGUUCUGCAUUUAAGUAAAUAAGCUCUCUGAUCUUUUGGGACAUAUAAUCUAUACAGAUUCAGAUUUUCUGAAGCUAAGGAAUAUAAAGAAAGACCCUUAUUUAAAUAUCACUUACCAUUUAAUUAAUGUAGUCCCUUCUUAAUGUUUAAAAAAUAUUGCAUUAAAUCUUGCUUUCUAAGAAAUAUGUGUCAUGCUCUAAAGUUUUUUUUCUGGUCUAGGUCAAUGUACAGCUUCUUAAUCUUUACUAAUUCCAAAGUCCAUUGUGUAAGUAGUAUGAAAAAUUGGUGCCAAAUCCUAAAUGUUAGACAUACAAAGCUUAUCCUGUGUGGUCACUGAAAGUGAUAAGUUGUCCUGGAAUUCUCUUUUUUACAUACUGAUUUUCAGUUUUACAAGAAAUUCAUCAUGCUUAAAUUGAGCAAAACUAGGAGUAUUGCACUCUCGGUGCCCACCUUUACCACAUUUUUUACCUUCUUUGAGGAUAAUUUUAAGAACAGAGUCUUCUGUUUGGUUUCCUCUUUGAACACUGAGGGUUCUGUUUCCAUGUCAGUUUAUUCCACUUAUCAUUUUUUACAUUUUUGAAAUAAAACUGAGUAUUUUGCUUUA